AUGGGUGUUGUCAACAAAGACGACGAAGCCCCCAGCCCAGGGGUCCAACACAUCGAACAAGAUGCUGCUGUCGCCGAUGCCAUCAAGGCUGUUGAGCAUCGUGAUCUUGAGCGUAUUGAAGAGACUCAGCCUGGUGCUUUCGUUUGGCUCUGCGCCGCAGCAACUGCAAUUGGUGGUAUGCUCUUUGGUUAUGACACUGGUGUGAUCUCCGGAGUUCUGGUCGUUAUCGGAACAGAUCUGGGCGGGAAAGAGCUCACUCAUUCCGAGAAAGAGCUUGUUACAGCAUUAACUGCAGCUGGUGCUCUCUUAGGAGCUAUCUUUGCCGGUCUCACGGCAGACAAGCUCGGCCGAAAACCCUCUAUCUGGUUCGCCAGUGUUCUGUUUACGCUCGGAGCUGUAAUUCAGUCAGCGUCUUUCUCUGUCGCCCAGAUGGCCAUAGGACGCCUUGUUAUUGGUCUUGGGGUUGGCUCAGCAUCUAUGAUCGUGCCACUAUACAUCGCCGAGAUAUCACCUGCAAGGUUCCGAGGCCGUAUGAUUUCAGUCGAUAUGAUAUUCCUCGGCAGCGGCUCGGUGCUUGCUUAUGCGUUUGAUGCCGCCUUCUAUAAAACUCCUCAUGGAUGGCGAUAUAUGAUAGCAAUCGGAGGUAUUCCUUCUAUCGUGCUAGGAAUCCUCCUCUUCUGGUGCCCCGAAUCUCCCCGUCAGUUGAUGUUCCACGGAAAGCGAGAAGAGUGCGUCCGCGUUCUCCGAAGAAUCUACCCCAACGGUACUGAAGACGAAGUUGCCGAUAAGAUUACUUCCAUCGAACGUGGAGUCAAUCAAGCGAAAGCCCUCAAUGAGGAGAUCUCUCUGCGGAAGUCUGUCACAAGCAUUUUCACUAUCCCAGCCAACUUGAGGGCAGCUAUUUGCGCUUGCGGACUGAUGCUUUUCCAACAAUUUUGCGGUUUCAACACAUUGAUGUACUACUCUAGUACCCUAUUUCAGAUCGUGGGCUUCUCAAACCCCAUUGCGGUUGGCACCGUUGUAGCCGGAACGAACUGGAUCUUCACCGUUCUAUCUAUCUUCCUUAUCGAUCGAGUCGGACGUCGCAGACUCCUGCUUUGGACAAUGUGGGGAAUGCCUGUUUGCCUAGCCAUCGCAGCCAUUGCUUUCCACUGGAUUCCUCUGGAUCUCAACACUCUGGAGCUCAAGACACAGGAAGUCGGCUGGCCAGCCAUUCUGGUCUUGGUCUCAAUGAUCAUGUUCGUGGCUUUUUACGCCGCUGGUUUGGGCUGUGUUCCUUGGCAGGCCAACGAAUUCCUCCCCAUGGAGGUCCGAGCCAGUGGCACCAUGAUGAUCAACAUUUUCAACUGGGGACCAAAUAUCAUCGUCUCUUCAACAUUUCUGUCUAUGAUGCGAGGCAUGACACCGUCUGGCACCUUUGGGUUCUACGCUGGCCUGUCAUUCCUCGGCUGGGUGUUUGUCAUUUUCUGCUUCCCUGAAGCGGCCAACAUGACCUUGGAGGAGAUUCGUGUUGUCUUUGAGCAUGGCUUCGGUGUCAGAUAUGCCGAGGAGUGGAGGAAGCAGAGGAAGCUGGACUUGCAGGCAAGAAGAGAGGAGGCCAACGUUUAG